AAAUUACUCACCAGUCUCCAUAACCUAUUACUUACUCCCACAGGCUUACUUACUCUCACAGUCAUUUCCAUCAAUAUUCAUUUAGUCAUUCACCCUUUUCCUUUUUCUUUCAUCUUUUUGAUAGUAAAAAUGGGGAAAUGGCGUGGGGUGUAUGGGGUUGCUGCCCUACUGUUGGUUUUGAGUGUGUGUUUAGGGGUUAGAGGUGCUCCCCAAGUCCCUUGUUACUUUAUUUUUGGGGAUUCCUUGGUGGAUAAUGGGAAUAAUAAUCAACUGUCGUCAUUGGCUAGAGCUAAUUACUUGCCUUACGGGAUUGACUUCCCUAAUGGACCGACGGGAAGGUUUUCUAAUGGUAAAACUACCGUCGAUGUCAUAGCUGAGCUUUUGGGCUUCGACAAUUACAUCCCGCCUUACUCAACCGCAAGCGGUCGACAAAUACUCGGAGGAGUUAACUAUGCAUCCGCGGCUGCCGGAAUCAGAGAAGAGACCGGACAGCAACUGGGAGCUCGGAUCAGUUUCAGUGGCCAAGUUAGAAAUUACCAACGAACAAUUUCACAAGUGGUGAACCUGCUUGGGGAUGAAACUACAGCCGCAAAUUAUUUAAGCAAAUGCAUUUACUCGAUCGGACUCGGCAGCAACGAUUACCUUAACAACUAUUUCAUGCCCCUUUAUUACUCCACCAGCAGGCAGUAUACCCCCGAGCAAUUUGCUGAUGUUCUUAUUCAACAAUACACUGAGCAGCUUCAGGCUUUGUAUAACUAUGGGGCAAGGAAGUUUGCGUUGAUUGGGGUGGGUCAGAUCGGUUGCAGUCCCAAUGAAUUAGCUCAAUACAGUGGAGAUGGUAAAACAUGUGUGGAGAGAAUCAAUGCUGCAAACCGGAUUUUCAAUGACAAGCUUAAAGGGCUCGUUGAUCAAUUCAACAACGCCAAUUCCGAUGCCAAAUUCAUCUACAUCAAUGCUUAUGGAAUUUUCCAAGACAUAACAAGCAACCCCGCCACAUACGGUUUUAAGGUAACAAAUGCAGGGUGUUGUGGAGUGGGGAGGAACAAUGGUCAAAUUACCUGCUUGCCUGCCCAAACUCCAUGCCCAAAUAGGAACGAGUACUUGUUUUGGGAUGCUUUUCAUCCCACUGAAGCUGCAAAUGUGAUCAUCGGGAGGAGAUCUUACAGUGCUCAGUCUUCAUCAGAUGCUUACCCGAUCGAUAUCCGCCGUCUUGCGCAGCUCUGAAGACGGGGGAAGAUAGGCUUUUGAGAAGAGGAAACAAUUAAGUUAUUUAUAUUAAUAGAUUCAUUCACAUGAAUUAUAAUACUAGUUUUGUGUGGUUUCUAUAAUUUUGUUACACAAUCAUUUGUAAGAGGUGUGUCGUUUGUUGCUAUUUCAAGUGUAGAGUUUAGUUAACUCGUUGUUGUUGGUAUUUAAUAUAAAAUUUUGGUUGGUAUCA